AUGACCAGCUGCCCCUCCCCUCUCCACCUCGGUCGGCAGUCACAUGAUAAGUUUAAUAUAAGCUUUCAGUAUGGCAUCAUCCGUGGUGGGGGGGCUGUGGCGUUGGGUGGUGGGGGCCGUCGGAGGGGCUGCAGGGGGCGCCUCCCCCUCCUGGCAGCUGUGGACUUCUCCCUCCAGUGGGUCCUCUGUGGCGCUGCUGUGGUGCUCAGGACGGAGAAAUUCUAUGACUUGGCUGGUUCGGCAACGUUCAUCCUGCUUGCAUAUCUGAACUACAAGUGGAACAGUAGUGGUGGUCCCAGACAGACUAUACAGACAGGAUGUGUGUGUGUGUGGGCUCUCAGACUGGGCCUCUUCCUCUUCACCCGGGUAGUGAAGAGCGGAGGAGACAGAAGGUUUAAGGAGGCAUUGCAGAAACCUUCUCUCAUGUUCACCUUCUGGACUAUGCAAGGAGCAUGGGUGUUUUUGACGCUACUACCAACACUCCUAGGGGUCCGCGCCCCCCGCCAGCCCCCCAUAGGCCCCCGGGACUACCUGGGGUGGGGUCUCUGGGGGCUGGGGUUCUUAAUUGAGGUGGUUGCCGACUUUCAGAAGACUGUUUUUCGAAAUAAUACCAAUAAUAAGGACAAAUUUAUCUCCUCUGGUCUGUGGUCUCUCUCUCGCCAUCCGAACUAUUUUGGCGAGAUUUUACUUUGGUUUGGCCUUUACACCAGUUCGUCUGUCUGUCUGUCCGGCUGGGAGCACUUAGCAGUGUUGUGCCCUCUGCUAGACUACCUGUUAAUCACGCGUGUGUCAGGCAUACCUAUCCUGGAGAGACACGCGGCGCUCAAAUGGGGACGCCUGCCACACUACCAGCAAUAUGUGGCCAAUACACCCCUCCUUGUGCCUUUUGUGGGGUGAUGGGGGUGUCUGGGGGUGACUGGGGUGAGGAACGAGUAAGUGAGGUGAUUUUUAGGGUGUUUUUGGGGUGACGGGGGUGAGGAACAAGUAAGUGAGAUGAUUUUUAGGGUGUUUUUGCUGUAUUUUUGGGUGUUUUUGUGGUGUUUUGGUUGGUUUUGGGGUGACGGGGGGUGAAGAAUGACAGGGGGGUGAUUUGGGGUGUGUUUCUGGGGUCGUCUGCCACACUACCAGCAUUAUGUGGCCAAUACACCCCUCCUCGUGCCUUUUGUGGGGUGAUGGGGGUGUCUGGGGGUGACUGGGGUGAGGAACGAGUAAGUGAGGUGAUUUUAGGGGUGUUUGGGGGUUUUGGGGUGAGGAGUUAACGGUUGGGGUGAUUUAAGUGAGAAAAUGACACAAUUUUUGGGGUGACGUGUAGAGAGAGAGAGAGAGAGAGAGAGAGAGAGAGAUUAUUAUUAUUAUUAUUAUUAUUAUUAUUAUUAUUAUUAUUAUUAUUAUGGGCAAAGCAAAAAAAAAUAUAUAAUCAUUUUAUUUAUUUAUUUAUUUAUUUA